ACUUAAUUGUCGAACGUGGUUAUAUGAGCUUGUUGCAGAUACAGGCAACAAGCACCAUCAGAGAAGAAAAAGUCUGUAUUUUCCGUCGUCUCCUGGCGGAUAGACGGAUAACUCGAGAACGAAAGUGUUUGAAGUUGAUGGUUUUCAAGAGACUCUAAACGGAUAAGCUUCGUUGAACAUUUACUGGAUCCUCCAAUGUAUCUUUGUAAGGAUCUUAUGAAGCUGUGGAAUCUAUUACAGCAUUCUUCCAACUGAGGCAAAAACAGUAAGUGUCAUGGAGACAGUUUGUUUCGCCGCCAUCUUACUAAUGUUUACAUCACCUCAAACGGAAUCUCUCUCCAUCAAAAGACGCUCACUGAGGAGUUCCGAUGAUCUUACGGCCGCCUUAGCUGUCCUACGUCGCCAUAAAAGACAGACCUCCGACAUAGGCUAUCUACGCAACUAUUUAAUAGAUAAUCAAGACAGAAUUCCAGAAUCUUACUUAAACGUGUUAAACGACAACUAUGGCCUUAAUUUAGAGAAGUACUACCCCCAACAGCCUAUUUCAGAGAACAUCUUAGACCGAGAGAUGCUUCAAGAUGCAUAUAAAAAUACUUAUAAAGAUGUUGGGCCAUUUGUUACUGAUGAAUCAGAUGAAAGAAAUAUCAAAGGAUCUCGAAACGUCCCCACGCGAGCUGAACUGGCGGAAAUAUUUGGAGAUUUCAAUAAGAAAGUUCCUGAAAGAACCCACAAGCGACAGAUAUACAUGCACCAUCCCACAUCUGAGUAUGAAUCACGCAAAACUGGCUUAGAACACUCACCAAAAAGUAACAAGCAAAAAGUAUCGGAAUCAGCUUUGAAAGAAAUGUUUGAGAAGAGUUCAGAGAAAGACAAUAAUGAUGAGAAAUCAGCAGAAAAAGAACGAACUCCGGUCAGCACAGAAGAACUGAAAAAUGUUUUUGGCGAUGAGAGUAAAAAUAAAGAUGAUCAGUCUAAAGCUGUAGUUUCUCCUCAACAACCCUCGCCAGUCCCAACUAAAGACAACAAGGCCGAAAGGAGUGUACCGACAGAAGGCGAACGGUUCCAAGAACUCACACACUAUGAAAAUAUGGCCAACGUGAAGGAGAAAAAGAAGAAGCGAGUUGAGAAACGCGAUUACGAUUCGGAGAUGGAAUUAUCCCAGACUGUUCUCGAUUUAACCAGAACUGUUGCAGCACUUCGAGACGAGGUGACACGUCUAAAAAUCGCAGAAGCUUUAGAAGAUAAAGAAAAUGAUCUCCUGGCAUCCGCUCUUAAACAGGCGACACUUGGUCAGCUACAAGGCACGGAGGGGAAUUUGAAGAAGGAGUACUUAGACAUUCAAAACGCAAUAAGAGUAGAAGAGCAGUUACAGGCAGUUAGAACGCCGAAGAAUGAGGAAGAAAUGGAGGAACCAGGCAUAGAAGGGGAAGAAGAAGUUGUGGCAGAAAACCUUCCAUUUGUUGAUAAAAGACAGGGGAAUUUGGCAGGGAUGGUGGCAAACGAUAACACAAAUAAUGAUCAGUGGUACGAGAAUCCAGUGGAGGAAAAUGUUGGAAUGGAUGAAGACGACGCAGACAAAACAUUGAGAGAGUUUGCAGCAAAAGCUCUCAUUUACAAACAACAACUUAAAAAUAAUGAAAAUGAAAAAGCCAUUGAAGAACUUGUGUCCAACCUGAGCCCAGAAGAAAGACAAGAACUGGCGGAAGGAUAUCUUAAUCAGGGUCCCUUUGAUGUGCCAUCUAAUGAAAAUAAUUGUCCUGGCGUUAAUUAUCUGACUUCCCAGUGUUCUGUUGCCAAAAUGGCUGGACUCAAAAUAGACGACGAUGCAAUGAAUCUUUGUAAUAGACACGAAAUCUGCUACACGUGUGGAGAAACUUUAUCCUUCAGUCAAACAACAUGUGAUGCCGGUUUCCGUGGAGACGUUAUAGAAAUGUGUGGCAAUGACACAGAAUGUAUUGAAAAUGGCGCUAAAUUUCUGUGGUUUUUAAAAUCAGAACAUACCUAUAAUUAUGGUUACUUGAACAAAUGUGACUCUGGUUGUGUUAAAGAUUUCAUCAAAGGACUAUAAAAUUCAUAUUGAAAAAAAUAAGCAUUGGUUUUAUAGACUAAAUUACAAUUCAGAAUUUGACAACCUUUUUGCAAAUAAAGUAGUCAUCCGAAUUCUUGGGUGAUUUUUCUGAAAGUUUUACUAAAAUAUUUGUGUCAGUGGCGGUAUUUUUUGUUUUUAAAAAUUAUUUUCACAUUUUAUUAAUAUCGUGAUUUUUUUAUAAAUAUAUUUAAAGAGUUGAGCAAUAGUUACACUCACCCUUACUAGUUGGAUUCUAAGGAAAGAAUAUCGUAGUAAAAAACUGUGGAAAGUAAACAUACAUACAUCGUAUACCAUGCAAGUAUGGAUAAUGUCAUAAAACUUGUAUUUGUAUAAUACACUUAAGUCAAUAAAUGGGUAUAUAUGAAUGUUUUAAGGUUGCAUGGAGGUAUUUCAAAUUUAACUAUUUUGUUGCAUAACAAAUAUUUUUAAUUUGAAAUGAUAGGGGAAUGAUUUUAAAAAGGUGAUACUGAAAUCACUAGAUCAAGUCACUGAUAUCGACUAACAUGAACACAAUCAAAUUCUAUUUUGCUAGCUGUAAUAUAAUGAGUGUGCAAGAAUUUUGCAGAAUAAUCUUAAGUUUCUAUGUUUGAAAAAUGCUUAAUUCUAGCCAAUAGAAUUUUGAGAUUUUGUCAAUAAAGGAACUUUAAGAAUA